CAGGGGAAAACUGGAAAGACAGUCGUGGCGAAGCGAAAUCUUCACUGCAUGUAUUGAAUCCGUUUGGAUUAAACAUCCAACUUUACAAAUGUCUCGCUGCUGAUGACGUCAGACUAACACAGUAAGUUAACACGUGACCGAGAUGAUGUAAUAGAUUAUGAAAGUGAUCGUAUUUGAUUAUGUUUAGCAUAUUUAUUUGUGAAACCUUGUAAAACUGUAGUGUCUUUUUAUUGUUUUGAAAAUCCCACUGUUCUCCAUGCCACCUAGUCACAAUCCGGUGAUCAGAAUGUUCCAUUUUCUUUUCAGGAUCCGUCUAGCUGGUGUCCUCUCCACUUUGCAACUUCAUGUUACUGAUAAAAGAUUGGACGAUUUGAUGAAGGUAACAAGAUGAUAGAGAAGUAAAUCUUGCAUUUAAACAUCAUUAAUAAUUCAUAAGCUUAUUGGCAAAUAAUGUCAACCAUAAUAUGUCACGUACAGUGGCUUUAAACCUGAUAAAACACUCCUAAUUAUAGUAUUCUUUAUAUAAAGAAUACUAAUAAGGCAGUAUCUAUUGUAGUCGUGUCCUCAUUAGUAUUCUUUAUAUAAAGAAUUAGUAUUCUUUAUAUAAAGAAUAUUAACAGGACAGUAUAUGUAUUGAAUUUGUAGUCCUGUUUAAAGCCGUUUAAUAAACUCGCAUAUCGUGUUUUAAACACUCCUGCUCGUUUAUUAAACAGUAUUUCAAAUGAUUUUUACACGGUAGCCUAUUCAGUGGAAUGUUACAACCUCGAUUUCAUUGGCCCAUGUUGGGAUACGAUAUUAUUAAAACAAAAAAAUUAAAAUGCUAAUCUGAUCAUAAUAACAUGACUUACGUACUUGAGAAUGGGAUCUUGCAGGAGAAACUCCUCUCUAAAAUCCUCACUCCUCACUUAAUGCUUCUCUCUUUAGCUUGCUUUAUCAAUCCCAAUACCCGGUGAGCAAGACCCUGCCACACCCGCGAAAACCAAAACGACAUCUAUUCAACGUGAAGUAAAGCCCGUAGUGAACGUAUCUCCUUUGGACGUGGCGGUUCAAGAAGCGAUCAAAUCAGAAACUUCGGAAGAUGUUUUUAAAACUCCACCGGAAUCUCCAGAGAAUAGCGGCGAUGAUAUACGGUAAUAAUUUAUAAGCCCUGGAAAUAUUUUUUUAUUUUACAACUUUGCGAAUAUCAAAUAUAAACUAACUAUAAAUUACACAUAAUUGCUGGAAUGACCACACAGAGAAAAACUCCAAUAACGGGGUUCCACAACAUACAUAAGCAUAACAUUAACUUACACUAUGGCGUGACAGAUAUUGGACAUACUAAUAAACAGAUAAACAGAUUAACAGCUAGGCCGCAAAUUCAAACAAACAAACAAAGACAAACGACAUGUUGAUACCGUUUUCGCUACAUGAGAUCCUCAUUGAAAUUCUGGGCUCGUGAAUGAAAUAUUUGAGUAAUUUGAAGCUGUUAAGAUUGUUUAUGUAUAUCGAGAAAGCUAUAUUAAAAUUUUAAUCACUGCCUUCCCUAUCACGCACACCGUUCACAACCAUGAAUGAGAGUUGGCAGUCCUGUAUCGUUACAGGGGACAUUUCAAGCUCUAGAUGGACAAAAUAAAAGUUUGAUGAGUGUUCCAACUAUGUUUUAACUUCAAUAUAAUACAUGAUAAUGUUGGAAAAGCAUUAAGAACAGCUAACCAAGAUCGCGUGACUACUGUACCAACUCUCAUGCACUUUCGUUCUCGUUUCAUCCUGGGCCAAACUUGGUUUUUACCGGAUAUAGUUUCAUCCCUUCGGUAUGAACUGUUAAAUUUAAAUCAUACUACUGUCAAUGCAUGUUUCGAGGUGAAAGGUCACAUAGGCGGUUAGAGCGCAUGUGCUAACCAAUGCGCUAUCAAUACAGGAUAAAGUGACUAAACUAUGUGUUUCACUCUAGGAUCCAGUCUGGCGAGGACGAAGAAGCAUUGAAGUUAGCGAAAGCAGAACAGACAAAUGUUGCCGUCAAAUUUGAAAUCGGCCAGGUAAAGAUGUUUCUUAAAUAAACUUUAUUUGCAAACUUCAGCAUUUCUGACAAGUUUUGAGAUUUUUACGUGUGUGCGUCAGGAACCGGUUCUACGAAAAGUUUGUGUGUUUCUGUGUAGAUUAACGUUACAGUAUCAUCUCAAGAUCAGUUCGGUAUUGAAUCUCCACUUCUUGAAGUAGACUUGCUCAGACUUGGUACCCAGGUCUCCGUGCGGCAAUAUGAUCUCACGGUCAUGGCUAAUAUCGGUGAUAUUUCGGUCAAAGAAAUGAUUCAUGGUAUUGAUGGAGUUCCACUGGAGCUGGUCAGCACUCCAGCUGAUCUUGAUAUCCUCGCUGUUAAAUUUGUUCAGGUAACUGCAGAAUAUGUGACUUAAUUUUCGAUAACUAAACUACCUUUAUUUAUACUGGUAGUUCUAAACAGUUCUUCCUAUCAGUUCUAAACUGUUCUUCCUAGAGGUCUAGUAAGGGUCAUCUCUUAUUGAUCCAGUGUUACUACAGGAGGCCCGGAAACCUAAACUCUUUAUUUAUGCUGGAUAACUCUAUCAGUUCUAAACUGUUCUAUCUAGAGGUCCAGUAAGGAUCAUCUCUUAUUGAUCCAGUGUUACUACAGGAGGUAACCUAAACUAAACUAACUUUAUCUGUACUGGAUAGGUCUAUCAGUUCUAAACUGUUCUUCUUGAGUUCCAGUAAGGGUCAUCUCUUAUUGAUCCAGUGUUACUGCAGGAGGAAACCUAAAGUUAAACUAACUUUAUUUAUGCUGGAUAACUCUAUCAGUUCUAAACUGUUCUUCAUAGAGGUCCAGUAAGGAUCAUCUCUUAUUGAUCCAGUGUUACUACAGGAGGAAACCUAAACUAAACUAACUUUAUUUAUACUUGAUAACUCUAGCAAUUCUAAAGUUCCAAAUUUGAAAGCUAAGCACUGUGCCACUAAUAUAUUUAUACAUUUUAUUUCUUACAAUUUUAGGCAGACAAAAGUCAUCCUCGAUUCAAGGAAGCUUUUAACUUAACAGAAAAAGCAAUUGAUGUUCAGUUCGCUUCUCUCAAAGUUGUUUUACAUCAGGAAGCCUUGUUGAAUUUGAUGGAAUUCGCAAAUAGCCUUUUACCAGCGAGGUUUGUUGUCUGCUGUUGUUUCUGUCUGACAACUUGUAUACAGUGUGUUUUUCUUGCCUGAGUUUGUCCAGACUGGGUCAACCGUCUCUAGUGUACAUCAGAAUAUCCACUAACUAAACCCAAACAUUUUUCUUAGUGAGGAAGAAAUACAGCCACAACAACAACAGGAAGAGUUGGAAGGAAGUUCUGACAAGAGUCAAGAUAAAACAGACGAAGAGAAGAAAGCUUUAGCAAAAAAGAAAACUCAAGAGGAUGAAGUGAUUGAAGUCAAAGUGGAUGCACGCCUGGGAGAGUUCACUGCUGUUAUAACUUCAAUGAAAGGAGACGUUGCGCACUUGCAAAUGAAACGUACGGCUUUCUUUUAA